AUGAUGCCGUUUGCAUUGUCGCCAUCAGGUGGUGAGUUUCGACAUAGGUCAAACUCGAACGUUUCGAACUACUCGGUUAGCAGUUGCAUGUCUCCCAAGUACGACAGCAGGAUCGACGACUGGGGCGACGACGUUCGCUCCUUGCAGCAGCAUCAGGCGCAGGCGCCUACUUUUCUCCCUGGUGAAAAUUUUUCUUCUGAUUUGGUAGAGUCGAUGUCUCAGUCAAUGAACUUAAACGAGCCGCCGCCGUAUCCGGCCAAGAACCCGUCUGGGUCGACAUACACAGUAUUUGCUGGCGGAGACGAAUCCUCACCGAGUCGCAUCCACACUAGUCCAGGCAAGUUCAUUGUUGCCGCCACGGCCGCCCAACGCCAGCAGCAACAGCAGUUUUCUGCUGCUGGUGCGAUUGCGUCUUUCCCUCGUAAAAAUUCAGCUCACGGCUUGUCCGGUGGUUCUUCCCUGUCGUCCGGAGGACUGUGCAACAUUACCUAUCACCAACAGGCCCUGAAGACGGAACGACCCCCGUCGUACGGUGAGAUUUAUCCGAAUAUAUCGCAUGUCAACGUCAACCGUAUGCUGCGGCAGGUGCUACAAAAAUCGUGCGCCGGCAAUGGCGCUAAUGCUGGUGGUGGUAAUGGGAGCGGCUCAGAGUUGCUCGAUUCGACCGGCGACUCGGCAGUCGCCGGCGGCCCUCCUACCUUGCAACAAAUGAACCUAAUGCAGCAACAGCACCAGCAGUAUGUGACUCUGUUCGCGCAGCUUAACUCGUCUAACAAUCAUCAGGUUCCGCAAAUGAAUAACCAAUUGCCUUCCGAGUUGUCCGAAAUCCACUACGACACCGACAUCCAGUGUGACAUCGACCAGGUAAUCAGGCACGAACUGAAUAUCGCCGGCACCCUUGAUUUCAGUGUCGACCACUUUGGAAACAUCUAA